AUGAGUGUAAGCGACGACAAUUCACAAGACGCUCAGCAAGGCCACAACGAUAUCUCUGGUUUGCGCCAAUCGCCUGAUGGAGAGACGUCCACUCCCGUGAUAAAGCAGGAAAGCUCUGAGGAACGGAUGGAAAAUCAAGACUACUCCAAAAUAACGAGUAAUGGACCACAAAGAAAACGCAAAAAAGUCAACGUGGCCUGUGUCUACUGCAGGAGAUCGCACAUGAUUUGCGAUCAAGGCCGUCCGUGCCAGCGAUGUCUGAAACGUAACAUUGGCCACCUUUGCCAUGACGAGCCCACUAAUGGAGGCCGCAGAAGCAAAAGGUCGACAAGCGCCACAGUUGACCGGUCUUCUUCCUCUCCUGGGUAUUCAAACUUGGAGGAAACUCGGGCAAACAGCUCUAGUGCAGAAAAAUUGAGUCCUCUUGGAAUAUACCGUCAUCAGCCCAUCAACCCCGACAUGGUGAACUUCGACGCGACGACACCUCAACAGGCCAACCCGCGCAGCUAUCUGUCAACCAAGCCAUCAGGAACUGCCAUAAAUCAACAGCCGUUUUUCUACUCCGAACACGCAGGUUCUGAGUUCAACUCUCUUACCGAAUUUCUCUCUAUGAUCGACGAUACAGAUAUGAUAAAUUCAAUCAAUUUGGACAACGAUCCGCUGCUCAACAAACUCACGGGCCUGCCUGGAAACAGUGAUCCAUCCGCUAACCUGAACCAGAUGCCACCUUUUGAGCCUGCGUUUGAAAAUAGUCUUUUUGCUAAAACGUCUAGCUCCCCAACUGUGGAAAAACAGAACCCGGCAAUAUCUGCCCAAGUCGCUCUGCCCAACAGCUCCGUUCGCGCCCCACAGAAUCUUUAUGAGCCCUACAUCCCUCCACCACAAAUCAACCCAAAUGUUGCUCAACCGUCCACGAAAUCGUCCGGACAACCCUUUGUAUCUGAUUCUGCUAGGGACAAGUUUUUCCUUACCGCAGCCGACCCGACCACCGAGAUUUCGCCAGAAGAGCGACUCAAACAGGUUAUCAAUGCCAAACUCGAGGCUGGACUCUUAAAACCGUACAAUUAUGCAAAAGGAUAUCAAAGACUGCAAAACUACAUGGACAACCACAUGGCCGCCUCAUCGAGACAGAGAAUUUUGAAACCACUGUCUAUGUUUAGACCCGGUUUCCGGGCCAUUGCCAAGGCUUUGAAAGAUAUAGACCUGAUUUUGGUGGAAGAGAACUUUGAGAGAAUGCUUCUAGAUUACGAUCGUGUUUUCACUUCGAUGGCCAUCCCUGCCUGUCUUUGGAGAAGAACGGGCGAAAUUUAUCGAGGAAACAAAGAAUUUGCAUCUUUGGUCGAAGUUUCCAUCGACGACCUUAAAAAUGGCAAGCUCACCAUCUACGAGCUGAUGACAGAAGAGAGCAGUGUCAAUUUCUGGGAGAAAUAUGGAGCAAUUGCAUUUGACAACACCCAGAAAGCUGUCAUGACCAGCUGCAACCUGCGGAGCAAGGACGGUCGGAAAAAGAGGAACUGCUGCUUCAGUUUCACUAUUCGCCGAGACAAGUACAAUAUCCCCAGCUGUAUUGUGGGAAACUUCAUUCCUAUACAAUAA